CCAUCAUCAUCUGCAGAAAAAUGCGAGCGGGGAGCGGUAACAAAAUGUCAACUCGGGCUGCUCUCCCUCACCCGCAGACAUGAGCAGAGUCCCGUCUGCCUCUGCCAUCCGCAACAAGUCGCUCUCACCAUGCGGAUCCACUGCAAAGUAGUUGUGAUCGCCGUGUGUUUCGGAGUUUUUCUACUUUUGUACUUUUUGGGGGGCAACGCCGCUGACGAUCCGCUGUUGAAAGAAGUUGUAGAGCAGGAGAAGGAGAAGAAGGAGGAGGACAGCAACUCUUCCCGGCGAUCGCCCUCUGAGUUCAGACGCGAUGUUGCAGGGAAGUUUGCGAAGAAAUCCCCCGCUGGAGUCGGCGUGCGUGCGGAAGAGCCUCUCAAAGGACGGAAAGAGGGGAAAGCGAUCAAUAGAGGAGCCAGUGUGCAUGCAAAGAGCAAACCGCGGAACAACGUGGCCCGACCUGUGACCAAGCGCAAACGGGCAGAGGAGAUCAUGCACCUGGCCGUGGUGGCCUGUGGAAAUCGUCUGGACGAGACCCUCACCAUGGUUAAAUCAGCCCUCCUGUUCAGCCUCAAGAGGAUCACGUUUCACAUUUUUGCUGAGGACCCUUUGGCCCCGCAGUUCGAAAAAAGGCUGAACCAAUGGCCUCGCGCCGUCUCGGCCAAGUUCCAGUACAGAAUCUACCCAAUCACCUUCUCUGUGGGGAACGCAGACGAGUGGAAGAAGCUCUUCAAGCCCUGCGCUGCUCAGAGACUCUUCCUCCCCGUCAUCCUGAAAGACGUGGACUCGUUACUCUACGUAGACACUGAUGUGUUGUUCCUGCGGCCCAUGGAUGACAUCUGGAGUCUCCUGAAGUCCUUCAACAGCACCCAGCUGGCAGCAAUGGCCCCGGAGCACGAGGUCCCAAAGAUUGGCUGGUACAGCCGCUUUGCACGACACCCUUUCUACGGAGUCACGGGGGUCAACUCUGGUGUCAUGCUGAUGAACCUUACAAGGAUCCGCAGCACAAUGUUCAAAAACAGUAUGAUCCCAAGUGGCCUCUCAUGGGAAGAUAUCCUACAUCCACUCUAUCAGAAGUACAAGAACCACAUCACCUGGGGAGACCAGGACCUCCUCAACAUUAUCUUCCACUACAACCCAGAGUGUCUCUUCAUCUUCCCCUGCCAGUGGAACUACAGGCCAGAUCACUGUAUGUACGGGAGUAACUGCAAAGGGGCCGAAGAGGAGGGCGUGUCCAUCCUCCAUGGCAACCGUGGAGUGUAUCACGACGACAAGCAGCCGGCGUUCAAAGUAGUCUAUGAUGCAAUACGUGAUUUUCCCUUCGAGGACAACAUGUUCCAGUCGCUGUUCUACCCCAUCCAGACCAAGUUCCUGGACACAGUUAACACCCUGUGUGGUCGCAUUCCUCAAGUCUUCCUCAAGCAGAUAGAGAAGACCAUGAGGAAGGUGUUUGAGGAGAAAGUGGUCCGACACGUCAGACCGCACAACUGAUGGAGAAACGGACUUUCUGUUUUUAUCUGACAACACUAAGCACCAUCUUGCUGUGGAUUAUGUGUCAUACGAGCAUCUCCCAGACUGAACUUUUUGCUCUGUGUUCCUGGAAAGGGUCUUGUGAAAAUGAUGAACCUCUAAUCAUGGUAUGGGUAACAAGCCUAUGUAUACAGAGAAGCAUACAGUGCUGGUCAGUGGUGCCGUAGAAUAGGCUUGCCUUAUUGCCGUCUUCACAUCUCAGUUAUGUACGAUGAAAUGUAUAAGAAUGUUGGAAAGCGACAGUCAAAAAAAAAAGACUGCACAAGUUUUUAUUGUUUUUUUUAAUCAAGAAUUAUGAAACUAUGAGCUAUCCAUCUCCAGUGUAGGCUUAAAGCUACAUUUAUGACAUAUUUGUGUAUCUACCUUCUUUAUUUUUCCUCAUACACUAAACAAAGGCAACUUUGGACUUUGGAAAGCUUUACUACUUGAAGUAGUAGAUUCAUAAACCACUCCUCUAAAAUCAUGUGAAUGUUUUACCAGCAAAUAACUUGGAACGUGAGCUUGUGUGAAUGAGAAGAGUUCAUGAUCUGUUCUGCGGUUGCCAAAUGCCACUGACAGUAUUAAAUACAGCACAACAAGAGGAAAUACAGACUUUUAUAUAACAAACCGAAUGUUAAAAUGCACUUUCAGAAUGAUAUUAUUAGGACUGGAUGGUUGUUUGUAUGCAACAUGUCCACAUUAGAUGCUACACUCUCCGGAGUUAAUCAAAACCAAAAGUGCUAGCAUUUAAAAAUAGUGACAGCUAAUUAUGUGCCAUGUCUGCCAUGUUUACUAUUACAAGACAAUGAGUGUUAUAGGCGUGUGUUUGAGAGGGUAUCUUAGUUUGUAAUAUGAUGUAUGGUCUGUUGUGAACACAUGGUUUAGCAGCAUUACUUUCAAUGUGGUGUAAUGAUCUAAAUAUAUCAUUUAAACUGGAAACUGAACGUGGCUGUACAGUCAACAUGCGUUUCUAAAUAAAUCAAUGCAAUGUA